GACAAGUAAAAAAAAAACAAUGACAUAACCUCAAAACAAACUUAAAGUUGUUUUAAAACAUUUAAUAAACUAAAAAAUGAGCCUUAUAAACUUGCUGAAAACCCUACAAAUCACGACUAUAACUCCAAUUAGAUUAUAUUCUCAAGAGGUCAUCCCUAAAGCAUUGCGUAGUUUGAAAGGGAAGUCAACUAGGAACACUGUGCAGUUCUAUGUAGAUUCCUUCAGAGUGAGGACUGUGGGUGGGAAUGGGGGGAACGGGUGUAUAUCGUUCCUGAGCGCGUGGUGUAAGGAGCACGCGGGACCGGACGGGGGAGACGGGGGUCACGGAGGACAUGUUAUUUUUCAGGCUACCCACACGGUGAAGAGCUUGAACCACGUGAAGGCAGUGACGCAAGCGCUGCACGGGGGACGAGGAGACAACAAGGACCGCCACGGGAAGAAUUCUUCGCAUGUUGUGGUGCCUGUGCCGUUGGGGACCAUUAUCCGGGACGAAACAGGAACUGUGGUGGGGGAUCUCAGCGCCGAGGGCACGCUGUUCGUGGCGGCGCGGGGCGGCGCGGGCGGCCGCGGGAAUAGGUUCUUCCUCACAGAUACUGCACAGGCGCCUGAUAUAGCAGAGCUCGGCGCCAUCGGUGAGACCAAUGUUUACACACUCGAAGUGCGCUCUAUGGCGCAUAUUGGUCUGCUGGGUUUCCCGAACGCGGGUAAAAGCACCCUGCUCCGUGCGUUGACGCGCGCGCGCCCCACCGUCGCGCCCUACCCCUUCACCACAUUGCGCCCACACAUUGGAAUGGUCCCCUAUGACGAUUACGAGCAAGUGGCGAUAGCGGACCUGCCGGGUUUGAUUCCCGGUUCACACAAAAACUAUGGCUUAGGAAUCCAGUUUCUUCAGCACGCGGAGCGGUGCCGGGGACUCGUGUACCUCCUGGACGCGACCGACGCGCCGCUCGAGCAGCUCGACCACCUCACACACGAACUGACGCAGUACAGUGCCGAGCUAGCGAACCGACGGAGUUGCGUGGUCCUAAACAAAAUAGACCUGCCAGCAGGGCGCGCUGCCUUCGAGUCCAUCAGCAAACAACGAGAGGUGCUCGGCAUCUCCGCCAAGACUGGGCUCGGACUUCAGCGGCUGCUAGCGGCCAUUAGAGAGAUGUAUGACAGCGGGAGUACUGACUCAUAACAAGAAUAGCUCAAAUGUUAAUAUAUUUUUCCUUUUUUAUUGUGGGACGUACCACAUUAUUACAAUCUAUAAAUUGUAUAUACAGAUGUCAAUCACAAUGAAAAAAUCAACGAUGAUCAACUCUGGUCAACGUGGGACUCGAACCCACAUCCUUGGAUUGCUGGUCAAGGUUGUGAACCUUAAUAUGCAGAUGUCGCUAGUGACGUCGUCACAGUUGCAAUGAUUAAAUUCGCGUCGAUUGACGGAUGGUCAGCUGGCGCAAUUGGUAACGCAUUGGACCGGCAAUCCAAGGAUGUGGGUUCGAGUCUCACGUUGACCAGAGUUGAUCAUCGUUGAUUUUUUAAUUGUGAUUGACAUCUGUAUAUACAAUUUAUAGAUAAGAAUAGCUCAUUUUUAGGGUUCCGUACAGAAGGAAAAAACGGAACCCUUAUAGGAUCACUUUGUCUGUCUGUCUGUCAAGACCCUUUAUCUCGGGAUCGCGUGGAGGAUCGAGUUGAAAUUAAAACUAUAUAUGUCGUUUUCAAGCAAAAGGUACCACAUUGUCGCUUAUCAUAAGGACGCUCUGACAGGUUUUUCGUAUAAAGAUACAAGCAAUUUUCGUCCUUAUGUUAAGCGACAAUGUGGUACCUUUUGAUUGAAAACGUCACAUAUACUCAGGUCCAGGUUAAAGCUGUGAAAAAUUUAAACUUCUAAGUUAUAAGUGUGUAUUGUGGCAACCGAAUAAAUGAUUUAUCUAUCUGUCUAUUAAAAAAUAAUUCUAAAUAAAAAAAGAUACGAUAAGAGCAACGUGCAAAUCGCAUCCAGAAAGCGUUUUGGCUAUUUAUGGCCAGUGUUAUGUUUGUAAAUAAAUG